AUGGCUCAGAAUCUCAUCAACGCUAAUCCAACUAUUUAUAACACAAAGAAUAUUGUUCGAAAAGAAACAGAAGCAGAGUAUGAUGACAAUAUUGAAGAUCCUAUUGAUUCCCAAGAAAUAUUUGAUCUCAUACGCUCCAUUUCUGAUCCUGAACAUCCUUUAACACUAGAACAAUUGAACGUUACUCAAUUUGAACAUAUUGAAGUGGAUAACAAGAAUAAUAAGGUGUUGAUUGAAUUUACGCCUACCAUUCCUCACUGUUCAAUGGCAACCCUGAUCGGUUUAUGUAUCAGGGUACGCUUGCUGCGCAGUUUGCCUGAUCGUUUUAAGGUUGAUAUUAAAGUACGUAAAGGAACCCAUCAAUCUGAAGGAGCAGUGAAUAAGCAACUGAAUGAUAAGGAAAGAGUAGCAGCUGCACUGGAAAAUAACCAUUUACUGGAAGUUGUCAAUCAAUGCUUGUCAACUGCAAGCCUCCGUGGCAUGGAAAUCAAAACCAACUAG